AUGGAAAACGAGACAGUGAGUGAACUGAACCAAACACAGCUUCAGCCAAGAGCGGUGGUGGCCCUCGAGUACCAAGUGGUCACCAUCUUACUCGUGCUCCUUAUCUGUGGUCUGGGCAUCGUGGGCAACAUCAUGGUGGUGCUGGUGGUCAUGAGGACCAAGCACAUGAGGACCCCCACAAACUGCUACCUGGUGAGUCUGGCAGUGGCCGAUCUCAUGGUCUUGGUGGCUGCCGGCCUCCCCAACAUCACGGACAGUCUCUAUGGCUCCUGGGUCUACGGCUAUGUUGGCUGCCUCUGCAUCACGUAUCUCCAGUAUUUGGGCAUUAAUGCAUCCUCUUGUUCAAUCACAGCCUUUACCAUCGAGAGGUAUAUAGCCAUCUGUCACCCCAUCAAAGCCCAGUUUCUCUGCACAUUUUCCAGAGCCAAAAAGAUCAUCAUCUUUGUCUGGGCUUUCACAUCCAUUUACUGUAUGCUCUGGUUCUUCUUGCUGGAUCUCAAUAUUAGCACCUACAAAAAUGCUAUCGUGGUGUCCUGUGGCUACAAGAUCUCCAGGAAUUACUACUCACCUAUUUACCUAAUGGACUUCGGUGUCUUUUAUGUUGUGCCGAUGAUACUGGCCACCGUCCUCUAUGGAUUCAUAGCAAGGAUCCUCUUCUUAAAUCCUCUUCCUUCAGAUCCUAAAGAAAACUCUAAGACAUGGAAAAAUGACUCGACCCAUCAGAACAAGAAUUUAAAUGCAAAGACCUCCAAUAGAUGUUUCAACAGCACAGUAUCUUCAAGGAAGCAGGUCACCAAGAUGCUGGCGGUGGUUGUAAUUCUGUUUGCCCUUUUAUGGAUGCCCUACAGGACUCUUGUGGUUGUCAACUCAUUUCUCUCUAGCCCUUUCCAAGAAAAUUGGUUCUUGCUCUUUUGCAGAAUUUGCAUUUAUCUCAACAGUGCCAUCAACCCAGUGAUUUACAAUCUCAUGUCCCAGAAAUUCCGUGCCGCCUUCAGAAACCUCUGCAACUGCAAGCAGAAGCCGGUGGAGAAACCCGCUAACUACAGUGUGGCCUUGAAUUAUAGUGUCAUCAAGGAGUCAGAUCAUUUCAGCACAGAGCUGGAUGAUAUCACUGUCACGGACACUUAUUUAUCAGCCACCAAAGUAUCUUUUGAUGAUACCUGCUUGGCUUCGGAAAUAACCUUUAGCCAAAGCUGA